AAUUAAGAAAGCAUCGUAAUAACUUAAUGCAGACGAUCCUGUGAUCCUUCAGCUGCUGCAACAGCUUCUAGGCUAACUAAAUGCAGGAGAUGUGUCCAUGUGCUGUUAAGUCUUGGAGUUGGGGUGUUGUGGAAGCAUGUCUCCUGCACAUGCUGAAACGCAGGGCUGCUGGCUUCCUGCGAACCGACAAGGUAGCUGCGCUGUUCACCAAAGUUGGCAAGACAUAUGCAGUUGCAGGAGACAUAUGCAAGAAAGUGCAGGAGCUGCAGCAGCAGGUGGAGAGCAGGAAAAAUCAGCCGAACUUGCAGGAACCCCUCAAGAGGCAAGGAUCAACCACAAAUAAAACACCUGUACUGACUCCUCAGGCCAUCAAACAUAUAUGGGUUCGGACAGCAUUGAUUGAGAAGGUGCUCGACAAGAUUGUGCAGUAUAUUGUUGAUAACUGCAGUAAAUAUUAUGAAAAAGAAGCUUUACUAGCAGAUCCUGUUUGUGGCCCAAUACUUGCCUCUCUUCUAGUUGGACCGUGUGCACUGGAGUACACCAAGCUCAAAACAGCUGAUCACUACUGGACAGACCCUUCAGCAGAUGAGCUUGUUCAGCGACAUCGGAUUCAUGGAGUCCAUGGCCGCCAAGAUUCGCCUUCAAAGCGUCCAGCACUAGGAAUCCGGAAACGACAUUCAAGUGGGAGCACAUCAGAAGAUCGCUUUGCUGCUUCAGCAAGAGAGUAUGUGGAGUCUUUGCACCAGAAUUCCAGAACACAUCUCCUAUAUGGAAAAAACAAUGUCUUAGUCCAGCCCAAGGAUGAUUUGGAGGCGAUUCCUGGAUAUCUCUCACUUCACCAGUCAGCAGACAGUUUGACAUUAAAAUGGACUCCAAAUCAGCUAAUGAAUGGAACGCUUGGAGAUUCAGAGCUGGAGAAAAGCGUUUACUGGGACUACGCAUUAAUUGUGCCUCUCAGCCAGAUCGUCUGUAUUCACUGCCAUCAACAACCAGAAAGCAGAUGGACAUUAGUCUUGGUGAGUCAGGAUGGAACUCAGAAACCUCCACUGCACUUCCCUCAGGGAGGUCACCUCCUUGCAUUUCUUUCCUGUCUGGAAAAUGGUCUUCUGCCUCGUGGUCAGCUGGAACCACCACUGUGGUCCCAACAGGGCAAGGGUAAGGUAUUUCCAAAGCUUCGAAAACGGAACAGCAACAAAUCAGUGGACUUAGAGGAAAUGCCAGCUGAAGACACUUCCACAGACUAUGUGUUCAGAAUUAUCUACCCAGGGCACAAGCAUGAUAACAUAACUAUUAACUACCACCACUUAGCUGCCAGCCGCUCUGCCUCUGUUGACGAUGAUGAGGAGGAGGAAGAUAAGCUACACGCAAUGCUAUCAAUGAUCUGCUCUCGGAACCUCACAGCUCCUAAUAGGAUGAAAGACACCAGUGAAAUGAUAGAGAUGCAAGGUUUUGGGGCAAACUUGCUUUCGUGGCAGCUGGAGCACUGCAGCCAAGGCUCCUCAUGCAUCUCCUGUUCAACAGGCAGCUCUCCCUACGAUAUACCCAGCUGCUGCAAUUGCAUCCAUGACAGGACUCCAUUAAAGAUGCUGUGUGAAAGCAUGAAGAGGCAAAUUGUUUCCAGAGCCUUUUAUGGAUGGCUUGCCUACUGCCGCCAUUUAUCAACAGUGCGAACGCACCUGUCUGCCCUAGUGAACCACACAAUUAUCCCACCUGACAAGCCAUCCAGUGCUGCAGGAGGCCUGACCAAAGAGGUCUGGAGCAAGUACCAGAAGGACAGAAAAAAUUACAAGGAGCUGGAACUGCUAAGAAAAGUUUAUUAUGGUGGAGUACAGCAUGAGAUUCGAAAGGAAGUAUGGCCAUUCUUGUUAGGUCACUAUAAAUUUGGCAUGGCCAAAAAAGAAAUGGAUCAGUCUGUCUGUCCACAGGUGGAUGAAGAGAUUGCUCUCCGAUACCAGAAGGUUAUGGCUGAGUGGAAGGCUUGUGAGGUCAUCGUAAAGCAGCGAGAGAAGGAAUCACAUUCUGCCACACUGGCCAAGUUUUCUUCAGGCAGCAGCAUUGACAGCCAUGUCCAGCGGCUGAUUCACAGGGACUCCACCAUCAGCAAUGAUGUCUUUAUAUCUGUAGAUGAAACAGAUUCAGCAGAACGAGACUCAAAAUGUCAAGAUGACCAUACUUUCACUGUGGUGUCUGCUGACACACCAGCAGUAGUAGCUGCUGUAGAGCAGCAGUCUGUAGAGUUCGACUCCCCUGACUCUGGGUUGCCAUCCUCACGGAACUACUCUGUGGCCUCAGGCAUCCUGUCCAGUAUUGAUGAUGGGCAGAGUGUCUCCUUUGAAGAUGGGGCUGAAGAAGAAACCAGCACUGACAUGGAAAGGACUGAUCCAGACACAGCACCUAUGCAGAAAGCCAAGUCAGCUGUACCGCAGCCUCAGGACUCAGUAGCAGAAGAGCAGCUGUGUUCCCAGGUGGAUUAUUUAAUGGAUGUUGCUGCUGUCUGUGCUGCGUCUUACACAAUAGAAUUACUGGACACUGUUGCCUUAAAUUUGCACAGAAUUGAUAAGGAUGUCCAGAGGUGUGACCGGAAUUACUGGUACUUUACUGCUGAUAAUCUGGAAAAACUCCGCAAUGUUAUGUGCAGUUAUGUUUGGGAGCACCUAGAAGUUGGUUAUGUACAAGGCAUGUGUGACCUCCUGGCUCCUUUGAUGGUUAUACUUGACAACGAUCAACUGGCUUACAGCUGCUUCAGCCACCUGAUGAAAAGGAUGAGCCAGAACUUCCCCAACGGAGGUGCUAUGGACACACACUUCGCCAACAUGCGGUCUCUAAUCCAAAUUCUAGACUCAGAGCUUUUUGAACUGAUGCAUCAGAAUGGGGAUUACACUCACUUUUACUUCUGCUAUCGCUGGUUCCUGCUUGACUUUAAAAGAGAAUUGUUGUACGAGGAUGUAUUUACAGUGUGGGAAGUAAUUUGGGCUGCAAAGCACAUCUCUUCAGAACAUUUUGUCCUUUUCAUUGCCUUAGCACUUGUGGAAGUUUACCGAGAGAUUAUCCGUGAUAACAACAUGGACUUCACUGAUAUCAUCAAGUUUUUUAAUGAAAUGGCAGAACAUCACAAUGCCCAGGAAAUACUGAGGAUAGCAAGAGACCUUGUCUACAAAGUGCAGACAUUGAUUGAAAAUAAGUGAUCAUUGUGGGCCUUGCUGUGAGCUACUGGAUGGAGCAUUUCUUGCACUGUAACUUCAAAAUGGUGUUUUAAUUGCAUCUUCCAUGUAAUGUAAUAAAUAACCAGAUUUGUAAUACUUUUAAAAA